AAUAUAUCCACACUUUCAAACUUUCUUCCCAUUCAGCCCCUUCUCUUAUUUUUUCAUCUAAACAAGGAAAAAAAUGCCUUCAUCUUCAAUUGUUGUCAUUUCCAAAAGCACAGUUUACCCAGAAUGUGAAUCCAACCUCCCCAAAUACUUGAAGCUAUCUGUUUCGGAUCUUCCCAUGUUAUCCUGUCAGUACAUUCAGAAGGGCGUCUUACUGCCCCAACCUCCGCCGGACUCCGCCGCUUUGAUCUCUCUCCUCAAGCUCUCUCUCUCCAAGACUCUCUCCCACUUCUCCGCCCUCGCCGGCCGCCUCCACACCGACGCUACAGGCCAUGUCUAUAUCCACUCAAACGCCGAGGGCGUUGACUUUGUACAUGCAAAAGCACCCCAUCUCACCGCCGCUGUUCUUCUCUCUCCCGACGCCGACAUUCCGGCGAGCUUCCGUAAGUUCUUUCAGCUGGACAACACUCUCAGCUACGCCGGGCAUUCCAACCCGUUGCUGGCUGUGCAGGUGACGGAGAUGGCCGACACCGUCUUCAUUGGGUGCACCAUGAAUCAUGCCGUCGUCGAUGGGACGUCGUUCUGGAACUUCUUUAAUUCUUAUGCUGAGAUUUGCAGGGGAGCGGAGAAGAUAAGCAAAGUGCCGUACUUCGGCCGGGACACUGUGUUCAACUCGCCGGCGGUUCUUAAAUUCCCCGUCGGCGGUCCGGCGGCAACUUUCUCCGGGGAUGAGUCUAUACGAGAAAAGAUAUUCCAUUUUAGCAGGGAUGCUAUAUUGAAGCUUAAGCAGAGAGCUAAUAACGGAAAAUUGUGUAACGGCAAGAUAACGCCCGUUAAUGAAGAGCCGGGUUUAGAAAACGUCGCGGCUCCGAAGCUGGCGGCUUGGGAGGUUUCGUCUUUCCAGUCUUUAUGCGCUCAGCUGUGGCGGUCCGUGACGAGGGCUAGAAAACUGGAUGGAAGCAAAACGACGACGUUCAGGAUGGCAAUAAACUGCAGGCACCGGCUCGAGCCGCGGCUUGAGCCGUUAUAUUUAGGCAACGCCAUUCAAAGCAUUCCUACCGUUGCCGUUACAGAGGAGCUGUUAUCCCAUGACUUGGGCUGGGCCGCCGACAUGUUGCACCAUAAUGUGGUGGCCCAUGACAAUGCUACGGUGCGACGCGGCAUACGGGAUUGGGAGAGUAACCCACGGUUGUUUCCUCUGGGGAAUUUCGACGGUGCGAUGAUCACCAUGGGGAGUUCACCAAGAUUCCCAAUGUACGACAACGAUUUCGGGUGGGGCCGUCCAUUGGCGGUCCGGAGCGGAACCGCCAAUAAGUUUGACGGCAAGAUCUCCGCCUUCCCCGGUCGGGAGGGAAACGGGAGCAUAGAUCUUGAGGUCGUUUUGGCACCGGAGACUAUGGGUGGACUUGAGAAGGACAUGGAGUUCAUGCAUUAUGUCUCUUAAAUCUUGAAGACAAUAAUAUUCUGGUUCAAGACUAAGUAUUGCGCAAAGUACGUACUUUUUUAAACCUUAAUUGUACAUUCCAUGGGUAAAAAUGGAUGUUAAGAUUAAGAGUUGUUAUUAUCCUACAAAAUCUCUUUCAUUUUUACUCGGUCAUAAUAAUCUGAGUUCAUAAUUUGAGGCUUUGUAUUGUACUAGUACGUACUAACUUUUAACUUUUGCUCCGUAUGAUGCGUCAUUCACGAGGAGUGGUACAUGACAACUUGGAAUGGUUGGCAAGUACUUUGGAAUUUAGGAACUAUAUACUCCAUAUACUAGAAAAAGAAUGGGCGAGAAUUAUACAAAUUAAUUGACUGAUUCUGCUGAUUAAUGGAAAAAAAUAUUUUAAAUAUAUUUUAUUAAUAAAAUAAAAAAAAUGCAUAUGAAAAAUAACUAAAAUGGUCAUCUACAGUAACUUCAGUUAGAAAAGUAAUCCCAACAUUACUUUUUCUUAUUAUUACACAAUUCAGCGCGUGAAAUUAAAAGAUACGUGUUUGAUGAAAAAGUUGGCUGAUAAACUUGAAAAGCAAAAAAUCACGUAUACCAAACGGGCUCCAAGUUUCGGAAUAGAAGAAUAUGUUAGAAAGAACUGAAAAAUUAAAUGUUCAUUAGAUCUCAAUAAAUGUAUUUUGAAUGUUUGUUUGGAUUUCCUUUUUAUUUAGAAAGUUUUGGCUUAAACUUGUUUUCCUCCAUGGUCGAAGAUUUAAAAAUAUCAAAUGAGACUAAAAUUUAUUGGACUAGUCUAAAUAUAAAGAAAGUAAAAUACCGAUAUUUAUC